CUGCAGAAAGAAGUGGUUUCGUAUGCAUCGGUACAGCGUUAUCUCACUGAAAUUUGGACUGGGCGAGUGGAUUGGUCAUUUGGUAAGACGGUCGCGUUCACGCUGAUGACACUCAUUUGUCCGCCGGCAUGGUUCUACUUCUCGUUGCCUCUCGACACACGUAUUGGACGCGCUCCAAUCAUCAAAUUUGUUUGUCACAUCGUGUCUCAUAUCUAUUUCACUAUCUUGUUAACGAUUGUGGUGCUCAAUUUAACACAUAAAAUCUAUGAAGUGCAAAGUAUCGUACCCUAUCCGGUUGAAUGGUUGUUGCUUUUAUGGCUUUCCGGAAAUCUUGUUUCUGAAUUAUCAAAUGUUGGUGGUGGAUCCGGUCUUGGAAUUGUUAAGGUCCUAAUUCUGGUGCUUAGCGCAGCAGCAAUAGCGGUGCAUGUGCUGGCAUUUGUGCUUCCUAUACUCUUCAUGCAGCAUCUGGACAGCGAUCAGAAGAUGCAUUUCGUGCGCACGAUGCUUUAUCUGAAGAACCAACUGUUUGCAUUUGCCUUACUGUUUGCCUUCGUUGAAUUUCUCGAUUUCCUCACCGUGCAUCAUUUAUUCGGCCCCUGGGCUAUUAUCAUUCGUGAUCUCAUGUACGAUCUAACCAGGUUUCUUGUGAUAUUACUGCUCUUCAUCGCUGGUUUCACGUUACAUGUAACCUCCAUUUUUCAGCCAGCGUACCAGCCGGCAAAUGCGGAUGACGGGCAAGUAAUGCGUUUGGCAUCGCCCGAGCAAACGCUCGAGAUGCUCUUUUUUUCACUGUUCGGAUUGGUGGAGCCGGACACAAUGCCACCACUGCAUCUGGUGCCCGAUUUUGCUAAAAUUAUCCUCAAACUGAUAUUCGGCAUUUACCUUCUCGUCACUCUAAUCAAGUGA